UAUGUAUAUUUUAAAAAUAGUAAUUUGUCCAACACCUGAGGGGGGCAGUUGAGUGCGUAUUAAGUAGGUAUCAAUUACCAACUAGCUAGUUUACAGGAAAUAUAUUUAUUUUUACCCGUCUUCAAUAAGGAUAAGAAUCAAAAAUAAGGGAUGCGUAAAAUGAAACCAAAAACAAAUCUCUGUCACCAUGACAACUGUAAAUAUUUUGAUUAUUUUGUGGUUUCUCUUCACGAUCUUCACAUAAAAUCAUGGCAGAAACAGCUAAAGAGUUAAAAUCUGAGGACUGUGAUAACAACAAUGCUUCUGGUGACGCUAAACCUAUGGAUAUUCAGCAAAUAAAAGUUAAUAAUUACAUGAAAGAUCGACUAAGGAAAUACAUAAAAAAGUUGGAUGACACCAGCACAAGUACAACAAAAGAAGAGAGUGAAAAAACUGAAGCGGACACAUUCAAACAACUCUACAAACCCAAAUUAGAAGGGAAUAUGGAAUCCUAUAAGAAAAUACCCAAAUUCUACUUCAAGAUCCCGCGCCCUGAUGAAGUUCUAGCACAGAAGCUGAGAGAGGAGACAAGGGCACAGUUUCUUCAGAAGAAGAGUAAGGAAUUAUUGGAUAACAGUGAAUUGAAACACCUUUGGAGUCUCUUGGAGAAGUCUAACGGGAGUUACAGCAUGGCCAACAAUGAUGAGUUGAUGAUUGACUACCUGCAGUUCAGGAAGAUUAGGGACGAAGCCGGGGCUAAAUACAGGCCGUACUUCACAGCUGAGAUAUUUGGUCGCCUGCAAGCAGCGGAGGGCGGCACGGGGCGGGUGCGCGCCGUGUCCCUGUUCAACUACGUGAUGCGCCGCGUAUGGCUCCAGCAGACCAGGAUUGGACUCUCGCUCUAUGACGUCACUGGCCAAGGAUACCUCACUGAACAGGACCUAGAAAGCUAUAUAGCAGAGCUGGUGCCAUCACUAGCGGCCUUGGAUGGGCUGGACUCAUCCUUCACAUCCUUCUACGUGUGCACAUGCGCGAGGAAGUUCCUAUUCUUCCUGGAUCCAUUAAGGGUCGGCCGCGUCCGGAUACGCGACGUACUAUCCUGCUCGUUCCUUGAUGAUUUGCUUGAGCUGCGCGAAGAGGACUUGCCGAUGGAGCUGCAGGAGCAGAACUGGUUCAGCGCGGCGUCGGCGCUGCGCGUGUACGGGCAGUAUCUCAACCUAGAUAGAGACCACAACGGCAUGCUCAGCAUCAACGAACUGGCUGGGUACGGUUCAGGCACGCUGACUCGCGCGUUCCUACAGCGCGUGUUCCAGCAAUGUCUCACGUACGACGGGGAGAUGGACUACAAGACCUACCUAGACCUGGUGCUAGCGCUGGAGAACAGGAGGCAACCCGCCGCGCUCGCCUAUCUCUUCAGAAUACUUGAUAUCAACUCGCAGGGAUACCUCGACGCUUUCACUUUGAACUACUUCUUUAAGGCAAUACAAGAGCAAAUGGUAGCCCACGGCGCGGAGCCGGUUAACUUCGACGACGUGAAAGACGAAAUCUUCGAUAUGAUCCGGCCGGAGCAUCCUUCACGGAUCACUCUCCAGGACCUGAUCCGCAGUGGCCACGGUCAUACUGCCGUCUCCAUUCUGUUGGAGUUGCACGGCUUCUGGGCCUAUGAGAACCGAGAGGCACUCGCCGCUGCCGACCACACGCCCUGACAGACGCCCCCACUCGGCGACUACAAAUAUAUCAUGUAGCUUUUGCUGGCAACACUGGAUUUUUAAUCAAAUACAUUGACUCGAAGGUCUCGCGCAAUUAGAUGGAUCUUCGAACACCGGAAAACUUCGGAAACCGGAAGUCAUUAUCGUAAACGGAAAUAUAUCCAUAAUAUACUUAGAACUUGUGAAUAUCGGCAACUUACGUAAGUUAUUACUGGAUAUUUGCAAAAGGACAUAAAAUAAUCUAGAAUAUUUUUGCAUUUACGGUAAUACUAUUGAGUUCCUGUGUUCGGAGACAAAAAAUAAUCUAGUCGACCUGAAGAGUAUUGAUGUGGACAGUGAUUGGGAGACAUGACGACGUAUUUAUUGGUAUUAGUUUUCGAUGAGUGGACGGUAUUAUAUUCAUUAUACAAGUGAAAUAUUUGUCAUUUCCAUUGACAGUAUAAUGUACCUAUAAUGUACAGUAUAAUGGUUGUUUAUUGUAUUGCUUGCAUUACGGAAAGUGCAAUGUACAAUUUGUUAUAAAAUUGAUUGUGAAUAGAAUAUAGUUAUAGGUACAUUUAAGUUUGUCAAUACUGUGCUUUAAUUGUGAAUAUUGUUAUAAAUACAUAGUUAAAGUUUAGUGUAAUAAAUGUUUCUCAAUUAUAUUAUUCUAUCAUU